UCGAUAAUAAGAGGAUAUAGCCAUGGGCUCUGAGGAUGUACUGAAGAGCGUUUCAGCUCUCGCUUCAUAUAAUGUCCUGCUCCAAGUGAUGUUCAGAGUUUUGACAUUUCUCCUGAACGCUUUCACACUUCGCUUCGUGUCGAAGGAGCUUAUUGGUGUAGUGAACGUGCGAUUGAUGUUGCUGUACUCCACACUGGUCUUCUUGUCUCGAGAAGCAUUCCGGAGGGCGUGCCUGAGUGGUGGAGGGGUGGGGCUUAAAUGGAGACAGAUCAUCAACUUGUUGUGGCUCACGCUGCCGUUGGGGUGUGUCUGGGGUGUGUUGUUGGUAUGUGUGUGGUGGUGGGUGCUCCAGGCUCCAGACCCCCAGUCUGUCCCACACUACGGCCCAGCAGUGUCUCUCUUCUGCCUGGCUGCUCUCACUGAACUACUGGCUGAACCUCUGUGGGUCCUUGCACACUCACACAUGCUUGUCCGCCUCAAGGUGGUUGCUGAAAGCUUAGCAAUGAUCGCUAAGUGCCUUGUUACCGUGGUGAUGGUGGUCUCCGCUCCACAGUGGGGACUCUACAUAUUUUCUGCAGCCCAGUGUGUCUAUUCAGGGUUCCUAGUCCUCUGUUACUUUGUCUACUUCCUGCGUUUCCUUGGCUCUGAGGAGGCGGAGAUGAAGUCUUUCCCGCUACGCAGCAUCACAGAGCUUCUGCCAAUCAGAGUGGACAAUGAGCCUCUGAUCAACUGGAAGUUGGCCACACUUACCUGGAGCUUCUUUAAGCAGUCUUUUCUCAAACAGAUACUCACUGAAGGUGAACGUUACGUAAUGACAUUUCUAAACGUUCUCAACUUCGGAGACCAGGGAGUGUAUGAUAUCGUGAAUAAUCUGGGCUCUAUGGUGGCACGCUUCCUGUUCCUGCCCAUUGAAGAGAGCUUCUAUGUUUUCUUCGCCAAAGUGCUGGAGCGAGGGCGGGACGUGAGGCAUCAAAAACAGGAGGAGGUUGCCAUAGCAGCAGAGGUGUUGGAGUGCCUGAUGAAACUGGUGCUUGUGGUUGGUCUGAUCAUUACGGUGUUUGGUCACGCCUACUCUCACCUGGCCCUUGAUAUUUAUGGAGGAGAAUUACUCAGCAGUGGGACGGGUCCAUCUCUCCUGAGGAGUUACAGUUUCUAUGUUCUUCUUUUGGCCGUUAAUGGAGUCACAGAGUGUUUUACCUUUGCUGCUAUGAGCAAAGAGGAGGUGGACAGGUAUAAUUUUGUGAUGCUGGGUUUAUCCGCCUCCUUCCUGCUGCUCUCCUAUUGGCUGACGUGGUUGUUUGGGGGCGUGGGCUUCAUCAUGGCCAACUGCUGUAACAUGGGCCUGAGGAUCACGCACAGUCUCCGUUACAUACGCCGGUACUUCCAGCACAGUGCACACGCCCCUCUCCGCGGGCUCCGCCCACACCCCGCCUUACUCCUCACUCUCGGUCUCAGCGCUGCACUCACAUCCGUGUCAGAGGGAAUGUUCUGCUGUGAUGACGGCUGGUUGCUAAGACUUGUCCACGUUGCCGUGGGAGCGGUUUGCUUGCUGGGUGUGGUCGUCACGGUGAUAUUCACUGAGACGAGGCUCGUCCAGUUCAUCAGAACUCAGCUGUUACCCAAAUAUAGCAAAAAGCGGACCUGAAUCUAUGGCCCCAUGGGUACAUACAACCAAACAUUCAUUCCUGUGGCAACAGAUACCUAGACCUUGUCUAUAUGGCAACACACAACCGAAAAUCCACCACCGAUACAACACACAACACCAUCUUUGUGGCCGUAGCAACAUCACACAACUGAUUCUGUAUUUCUAUGGCAGCACAAAUUGAACCUGCAACUCAGUGCGUAUGAUAAUGACAUGAAUCUGAGUCAAAGGACAGAACACAGCAAUUACACCGUCAUCACCGUGGCAACAGCAGUUUUUCCUGAGAAUGUAUUGAAAUGGUUACUGCACGGUUUCCUAACGUUUCCAAAUGUUUGCAAACGUUCGGGUAACCCCUGUGAUGAGAGGAAAUGUCAUUGGAUGUUACUGUGACCUUAAAAGGAUGUGUUGUACCACCACUGAUGACGUGAGCUGCCUGCCAAGUU